AGGCUCCAGUGAGGCAGGCUGCUGAAAAGCCAGGGGUUGGGGUCAGGAGCCGCUUUGGCAGCAGAAUGGCAGGCUUGCGGAUGGACUGUCACUAGGGUUCAGAUAUCAGGGAUGUUUCCAUCAGAACACUACCAUCAAAGGGGCAGAGAAUGACAAGAUAUAAUUCAGGACAUUGUGAGUGCCACUAAAGAUGUCCGAUAGUGUUGAUAUUGAAGAGAAACCGCCAGCCCCCCCCUUGAGAAUGAACAGCAACAAUCGCGACUCUCCCGCAGCGAACCACAGCUCCAAACCUCUCCCAAUGGCUCCCGAAGAGAAGAACAAGAAAGCCCGCCUUCGCUCCAUCUUCCCUGGGGGAGGCGAUAAAACCAAUAAGAAGAAAGAGAAGGAGCGCCCUGAAAUCUCUCUCCCUUCAGACUUUGAACACACCAUUCAUGUGGGCUUCGAUGCAGUAACAGGGGAGUUCACUGGAAUCCCAGAGCAGUGGGCCAGGCUGCUCCAGACCUCCAACAUCACCAAACUGGAGCAGAAAAAGAACCCUCAGGCUGUGCUGGACGUGCUCAAGUUCUACGAUUCCAAAGAGACUGUGAAUAACCAGAAGUACAUGAGCUUCACUUCUGGAGACAAAUCUGCACACGGUUACAUAGCACCCAAUACACUGUUAAUGCCAUCUCGUAGCAGCGGGCAUCUGCUGUCUGAUAGAAGCCGGCUGGAGCUGGAAGCUGAUUGGCUGAUGGUACUGAAUUGUUUUCUAAUUGUGCAUAGCAUCCACCAGACUCGACUCCUGUCAUUCGGGGCUCCUGUUACCCUCAGAACCCACUACGCUACACUUUAUGACAAGAGCACAAAGACAGCAUCAGAGCCGCCGCUAGCGCCCCCUGUGUCGGAAGAGGAGGAUGACGAUGAAGAAGAAGAGGACGAUGAUGAUAAUGAACCCCCUCCUGUCAUCGCACCGAGACCGGAGCACACCAAAUCGAUCUACACCCGCUCUGUCAUUGAGCCCGUGGCUCCCACAGCGCCAGUGAAGGAGGCCAGCACCUCACCAGUGUCCUCAAUCCCUGACAACACCACAAGCACGACCAGCACUUUGUACAGACACACCGACAGACAGAGGAAGAAGUCCAAAAUGACAGACGAGGAGAUACUGGAACGACUAAGAAGCAUAGUGAGCGUUGGCGACCCCAAAAAGAAAUAUACACGUUUUGAGAAAAUUGGACAAGGGGCAUCAGGAACAGUGUACACAGCAAUUGACAUUGCGACCGGGCAAGAGGUGGCAAUCAAACAGAUGAACCUGCAGCAGCAGCCCAAGAAGGAGUUGAUAAUUAAUGAAAUUCUGGUGAUGAGGGAAAAUAAAAACCCCAAUAUUGUCAACUAUCUGGACAGCUACCUGGUGGGAGACGAGCUGUGGGUGGUGAUGGAGUACCUGGCUGGAGGCUCGCUCACAGAUGUGGUGACAGAGACCUGCAUGGACGAGGGACAGAUUGCAGCCGUCUGCAGGGAGUGUCUCCAAGCCUUGGAUUUCCUGCACUCCAACCAGGUGAUCCAUCGAGACAUCAAAAGUGACAACAUUCUCCUUGGAAUGGACGGAUCUGUGAAAUUAACUGAUUUUGGGUUCUGUGCCCAGAUCACCCCAGAGCAGAACAAGCGCAGCACCAUGGUGGGCACCCCGUACUGGAUGGCCCCUGAGGUGGUGACCCGGAAAGCGUACGGUCCCAAAGUGGACAUCUGGUCCCUGGGGAUCAUGGCAAUAGAGAUGGUGGAAGGAGAGCCACCUUAUCUUAACGAAAACCCUCUCAGGGCCUUGUAUCUCAUUGCUACUAAUGGAACCCCGGAGCUGCAGAACCCCGAGAGGCUGUCCGCGGUGUUCCGAGACUUCCUGAACCACUGUUUGGAAAUGGACGUGGACAGAAGAGGCGCUGCUAAGGAACUCUUACAGCAUCCUUUCUUGAAGUUAGCCAAGCCCCUCUCCAGCCUCAGUCCUCUCAUCGUAGCUACAAAGGAAGCUAUAAAAAACGGCAGCCGCUGAGGAGUUGGUCUUCAACACGGACUCUUGAAAGAAGACACUGGUCCUCACAGCAAAACCCUCAUCGACAGUGCUGUGGGAUUGACAGCCAACAGGACAGCACAAGGAAUUAAACAGAGCAUUGCAUUCGCAAGCUCGGCCCCUCUUUUGUUCUUUAAAAACUAUUGUGGAGCUUUUCCCAACACUGGGGUUAUCUGCACCACCACCUCUGCUGCUUAGUGUCCUCUGAAAAUUAUUAUUUUCAAGAAGAAAAAAAACGGCAGAAUUAUCUAUUGUUGUUCUGUCAUCUGCAGCCUCUCCUUUCCCUUCAUCUCCUGCAGUCUUAACAGGAUGUGGAUUCCUUUGGUUCAUGUUGAUCACCUGGGCAUUUCAAGGAGGUGUUACAAAAGGAUUACUUCACUCCCAAAAGGAGGGAAUUGUACUUAAAUUGGUUCAUGGGUUGGUCUAACAUUUGAUUGGGAGGUUGCAAACACAUUUGCUGAUCAUAUACAAUUUCAAGGUGCCAAUAUGGCACAUGGGGACCGAAUUAGUCAUUCAAAUGUAUUUUUCAGACAAUAGUAGAAUUAUAUUAAGGAUGAAAAUGAAAUGAUAUUUUAAGUGCUGCAGUGCAGGUUUAUUUUUUGAACUCCAAGAACCCUCCCUACAGGUUUCUCCUUUCAAUGAAAAUCUCCCUUGCCUUGAUUAAAUGGACUCCUCUGAGUGAGUCACUGUUGUUCAGAGACAGCCCAGAUAGUUAGUAAGCCAUGGUACCAUUGCUGACCACGAUGAGUCAUUCAUGGUACACCAAUGACUAGGUGUGAUGUACAGUCCUGUUUUGAAACCCCAUGCUCUGACAAUGACAAUUGGUAUGAGAGGAACAUGAUUUAUGGUGUACCAAGUAUCGUCUGGCAAUGGUUUACCAUGGAAAAUCAGGGCUGCCAUGUUAGCACUUCAUGACAAAAAAAGCAUGUUGAAACCUAAUUUAAAAGUGGUAGAAAUAUAUUGGUCUUUUGCUUGUAUUUUGUACUACAAUUUGGAAUAUGCAGAUGUUUCAAAGACAACGCUAUGGCAGUAAUAAUUCCUGGAACCAAGCAACUUCCUGUGUCGCAGCUCAGUCUCACUCCAAUGGUCCAACUGCAGAGGCUAUUUGGCCUACCACACAGGAAGUGUUAAAAUACCAGGAAUGUUAUAAUUGAAAAAAAUCUGUGUAUCGUCAAUUAAAGUAUAAAAAACAAGCAAAAAAAGCUAAAGAUUAUCAACACAAGAAAAGUGGAAGCAGUGACAAUUCUGUAAUACGGCAUGCUAUUCUAGACUCAGAUCCAGUACUGCCCCUGGUGUUAUGCAAUCCAAUAUUAAUGCCUUGUUUGUUUGCCUUGUUGUAAUAAGAUGGUUUGCCAUGUCUUAUUUUAGUAGCAAUACGAAAAGAAACUUCACAAAAUUCACUGAAAAACAUCUUGACUAGUUUGUAAAGGCUGUAUUAGGUUUCUUUUAGGGUUGCUACACAUGCUACCAUUGUGUUUCAUACCAAUGAAUACUUAACAGAAUUGGAAGUGCCGACGCUGCCCACCACUGCUGUAAUGUAGGAAAGCUGCAUCUCCCUUUUAUUCACAAUGGUCAAGACAGCAGAUCUGAGAGACCUUGAGAGAGUGCUGGUAAUACAUUUUGGAUUGAAAAAUAAAGGCAGUAAUUAUUACUGAAUGGAGCGAUCCUGGUUGCACCAUAGUUGGCCAACACCCUAUUGACAGUGUUAUGGUAGGUAAUUGUGUUGUUAAACCCCUGUAUUCUUUUUUUUAGAUCAAUGUUGGUCUGAUAGGAGACAAUAUUAUGAUUUGCAUUCCUUGGGCUGGCUGUGGAUUGUAAUAAGAGAUGUGCUUGCUUCUUGUCUCGAACAUUGGAGAUUUCAUGGCAGGACAGCGCCUGGGUUCCAGUUAGGUUUUGAGGACCCUGGCAGGCUUUGGGUUGAGACAAUGAGCACAAAAAUCCCUACCUUGAACCCUGGGCUCGGUCAGAAGGACAUUGAAGAGGACGUAUUUAACUGUGUUCAGCAUCUUCCAGCAUCAACAUUGUAUCAUAAUUUCCUGUACAAUCCUUUUUCGGAUGAUGUGUAAACCUGUAAAUGUGAUGUGGAACUCCUCUAUAACUGUGUAUUAAAAACAGAUGUGGUUUUCUUUUUUUAAUUAUUUAAUUUGUAAGUGCUGAAUCAUCUCUUUACUUCAGCAUUAAAUGUUUUUUUUUGUUUUGUUUUUUUUUAAAAGAAAAAAUCUUCAAUGGUUUGCGAUAAGCUAUUUUUAACUGUGGUUGAAGCAAUAGAAAUUUUGAAUUAUGGAUUGUGCAUGGCUGUGUCUUGAGUGUAAAAAAAAAUACAGUUUGGAAAUUGGACCUAAAUAAAACAUUCUAAACAUAA